AAUGCCGCGUGUCGGGCAGAGGAAGCGUAGCGGCCCCCUGUGACCACGAUGAGCUCAGUGUGGUGAUGCGACAUGAGUCUCCAACGCAAGUGUUGCCUCAAGUCAAGCGCGGGCCCCAGCCAGCUGGCAGGAGCAGCGUGUGACGCGGUGCUCCGAGUGGGUGGAGCCCAGUUCCCCAUCCACAAGGCGCUCCUGAGCCACAGCAGCGACUUCUUCCGGGUCAUGUUCCAACGUUGGUCGGCCCCGGACCAGACCCUCUUUACCGUCUCCGGCGUGUCGGCCGACACCAUGGGCUCCAUGAUCCACUUCCUCUACUCCGGUUCGGUCUCCGUCCGAGACGACAACGUGUGGAACCUCCUGCAGGCGGCGGACUACUUCAACGUCAGCGACAUGAUGCAGGCCUGCUGCGCCCACCUGGCUGAGCAGCUGUGUCUGGAGAGCUGCAUCCAUCUGUGGAAGUUCACCAAGUCCAUCCACCCGCCUCCCCCGGUCCAUGGCAAGGCCUUCACCUUCAUCAUGAGCCACUUCCAGGAGCUCAUGUCCUCAGAGGACUUUGUGCAGCUCAGUGUUCAGGAGCUCAGCGUCUUCCUGGAAGGAGACCAGCUCAACAUCAGGAAGGAGCGCGUGGUGUUUGAGGCCAUCGUCCGCUGGAUCGGUCUGGAUCCAGGCCAACGAGGACGACACAUGGCUGAGCUGCUGUCCAAGGUGCGGCUGGCCCUGAUGCCUCUGGACUUCAUCAGAUGUGAGGUUCUGACCAACGAGCUGGUCCAGAGAGACGCCGAUUCGCUGAACAUGGUGAAGGACGCCAUCAGAACCAUCAACCACAUCCUCAUACGGCCCAAGGUGCGGGGCUUCCGGAACCUGCCGGCGCGUCCUCGCCUGCCAAACGUGGCCAUGCUGGCUUGCGGGAAAGUCACCGGCAGGUUCCCCUUCAACAUCAUCAUGGCCUAUGACAUUUGCGUGGACCACUGGGUCACGCUGAGCAGCACACUUCCCCACCGCCGCUUCUACUACGGCGUGGUUUUCCUCAACGGCUUCCUCUACUGCGUCGGAGGCCACAUCGCCUACGAGAUCACCAACCGGGUUCACCGCUUCAACCUGAGCUCGCACACCUGGCAGGAGGUGGCGCCCAUGACAGACCACCGCUACGACCCCGCCGUCACCGUGCUCAGCGGCGCCAUCUAUGCGCUGGGAGGCUCCGAUGGAAGUCACAAGCUCCGCAGCGCCGAGUGUCUGAGACCUGAGGAGAACCAGUGGAGAAGCAUUGCGCCCAUGAACGAGUGCCGCAGCGAAACCAGCUGCACUGCCUUCCAAAACAAGAUCUACGUCUUUGGCGGCUACAACGGAAGUCACAUCCUGCGAUCUGGCGAGUGUUACAACCCCAAGAGAGACCAGUGGACGCUCCUUAGACCUAUGAUGUGGCGGCGAGCGGGUCUCGGCGUGGUGGCCAACACGGAGCGGGUGUACGCGGUGGGUGGCAGAGACGGGCAGCAGGUGCUCAGCACGGUGGAGGCCUACAACCCCAGGACCCGCGCCUGGCGCACAGUCAGCCCCAUGGCCAAGCCGCGGCAGUACUUCGGAGUGGCAGUGGUGGAAGACAUUCUCUACGUGGUGGGAGGCUUCAAUGGCCGCUCCUUCACCAACAGAGUGGAGUCCUAUAACACUCAGGCGGACACGUGGAGUCUGACCUCCAACACCAAGAACCUGCGCGGCGCCUGGGGCUGCUGCUCCGUCUCUGGACUUCCCAACAUGGCUGACUACCUUUUCCCCCGGGACUCGCUCCCCUCGCUCCCGCUGUGGGACCGCCGCGUCCGAGUCCGGAAACAGACCGCCAGGUAUGGAGCGUCGGUCCAGUGA